AACUCAAAAUUAAGAAAUAAUUUGGUUCUUUUUGUCAGAUCAAAUCAAUCAAUCAAAAAUUUCACUAUAAAUACGAGUGUUAGCACAUCAUUUUCCAAAGUCGUCUCCAAAAUGAAGGCUUUAUUGGUCGUCCUAGCGCUCAGUGUUUCAGCAGUUCUCUGCUAUCCUUCUAAGUAUGAUGAGAAAGAAUGGGCCAUGAUUCCUGAUGGAAGCGGUCGGCUUCAUCUCACGAAUAUUAAGCAGCUCGAACAUGAGGCUUCUUUGAUGCCAAGGGUUGAAACCGUAGCCAGAUUCCUUCUGUAUACUAGAAAAAAUCCAACAAAUGCGCAAGAGCUCUAUCAGGCUGAUUCGGAUGGUUUGAAGAAAUCGAAUUUUGACGCUAGCCGACCAACUCGCUUUAUCAUCCAUGGUUUCAUCAACGACGGAGAUUCUGAAGUCAAUGUAGUUGUCCGGGAUGCCUAUUUGGCGCGUGGAGAUUACAACGUUAUCGUUGUUGACUGGAGUACAGCCACGGCUACCAUUAACUAUAUCUACGCUCGUAACGAAGUUCCAGUGGCAGGAGGUCAAUGCGGUCGAUUCAUUGAUUUCUUGAAUACUCAAGGUGUUUCAUUCAAUGAUAUCUACUGUGUUGGACACAGUUUGGGUGCUCACGUUUGUGGUUUCUGUGGCAAGACAGCUACCCGUGGUAAAAUUAACACCAUUUUCGGAAUGGAUCCUGCUUUGCCAUUGUUCGACAUUGACAAGCCAGAUGAACGGUUGACCGAAAACGAUGCUGUCUACGUUCAGAGCAUCCAAACUGAUGGUGGACGGUUAGGUUUUCUGAAACCAAUUGGUCAAGCUAGUUUCUUCCCUAACUGGGGUGGUGUACAACCAGGUUGUCUUCUUGAUGUUACUGGAACUUGCUCCCAUUGCCGAUCUUACAAAUAUUUCGCCGAAUCGUUGAAAACACCAGACAACUUCGUUGGUGAGAAAUGUGCUUCAUUCGAAAAUAUUGAAAAGAUGAAGUGUACAAAGGAAGGAACCGCUGACAUGGGAGGUGAUCCUUCAAACCACAAUAUCAAGGGCGUAUUCUACGUACCUGUUAAUUCAAAAGCACCAUAUGGUAAAGGAAAUGUCUUCUGAAGAAAAAUAUAUGACUGACUUAAAAUUAA